AUCCCUCACUUCAUUCCACCUGCAGGCCUGUUCUCAUGCGGCAUCCUUGCACUUUCUGACUUCUGGCCGUCGUUGCUUUUUUCUUUCUUUUUCUUGUCGUCUUGCUCUCUUCCCUACUCCCUUGCCUCCGCCCGCUUCUUCCUCAGCCAAAUCCCGCCUGGGGCAUAUGCCUGUUGACCCUCGCUGCCUCGCUCGCCCACUGCUGUAUCCUCCACACAAGAGCUCGCCUUCCAGUCGCCGACGGUCUCGUUCCUUGUGUUGCGGCUUCUUCCAACUCCGGAAAGACUGGCGCCGGGAUAUCGGCUCCCCUUCCCGCAGCGCUGCUUGUCACUCACGCUCGCGACGACCGUGGAGAGACUCGCGGCCGUAGCCUCCUCGGGUCGCUCCCAAUGGACGGCGAAGAACCAACCCAAGCGACCCAGAAUGUCCUCGACCCUCGCCGCGUAGGGAAGCAGAACUCGGGCUUCUCCGACGAAGACAUAUCUGACAUCAUAUGCGUUUUGGUCCCCCAGUCCGACUCGGCGCGCAGGGAGGUCCAGCGGCUCGCCGAGACGGGCUCGCCGUACGUCAUCGGUAGGCACGAGGCCGACGAGGUAGAACCCGACUACGAGCUCGACGACCAUGCCAGCCGCUUCGAGUCGGACCCCAGCGCGCACGGCAACUUUACCAUUAUAUUGCGCCUCUCGGCCGGAGUCAAGAAUCCUGCCCAAGGCUUCACCUUUGGGAGGAAUCACAGCCGCUGCGAUGUCGUCUUCGUCAAUGACCCGUUGAGGAGGGUCAGCAAUAUCCACUUCCGCAUCUAUGUCAACGAGUACGGCGCCGUCAUGAUCGAGGACCAGUCCACCAACGGCACCUUUGUAGACAGACAGCUCCUCACCGCACACGCCAAGAGCGACUCCCCCGUCGUCACCAAGUGGGUGUUGAGCUCCGGCGCCCUCAUCAAGCUGCUGCUCCACGACGAAGACCGCGACCUGACGUUCCGGGUCCGCGUUCCCCGGCGAGACGACGAGUACGCCUUGGCCUACCACCACAAGGUCGAGGAAUAUUUUGCGAGGCAUCGGCUGAGGACGGAUGCCGCUCCGGCCCCAACGCAGGGGCUCGCCCCCCCCGCCGCGCGCGCCGGUGGUCAUGUCGACUUGUUCAAGCCGCCCGGCGAUCCGAUCACCCGUAGAGUGGGCUUCGAAUCGGCAGCGCAGUCCCCGCAGCCUUCACCAUCGAAGCGCAGAGAGGCGCAGAACGUGAUGCGGCGGGAGUGGAACGGCUCGGGCAAGUACAACAGGAUAGGCACCAUCGGCAAGGGUGCCUUCGCCGUCGUGUACAAGGUCACAUCCAAGUACGACGGUAAGCCGUACGCGGCAAAGGAGCUGGAGAAGCGUCGCUUCAUUAAGAAUGGGGUGCUCGACCAGAAGGUGGAGAAUGAGAUGAAGAUUAUGCGUCGGGUCCAGCAUCCGAACAUUGUGCGUUACAUGGACAACAUCGAGUGGGAUGAUCGGCUUCUCAUCAUCAUCAUGGAAUACAUUCCGGGAGGAGACCUUGGCAAGAUCAUAUCCGACGAGGGCGCGUUCCCAGAGGACAUGACACAGACAGUGUCGAGGCAGCUCCUGAGCGCGCUGGGAUAUCUGCACACCAACAACAUCACUCAUCGAGACGUCAAGCCAGACAAUAUCCUCAUCAACACCAUAGAGCCCCUCGAAGUGAAGCUAACCGACUUCGGGCUGUCCAAAGUAGUCGACACGGAACAGACGUUCCUGCGGACAUUUUGUGGCACCUUGCUGUACUGCGCGCCUGAAGUGUACACGGAGUAUGCCGAGUAUGACGACAACGGCGUUAGGAACCGCGGUAAGAAGAUGCGUCGUAUGCCCGGCCAAAGGUACAACCAUGCAGUCGACAUCUGGUCGCUCGGCGGUGUCUUGUUCUACACUUUGACAGGGUCGCCUCCGUAUCCAGUCAAAUCCGGCAUCAGCUAUUCAGAGCUGCUGCACAAGAUCAUGACCACGCCACUCGACAUCACGCCGUUGCAGCAGUAUGGAGUCUCGGGGCAGGGAACAGACUUCCUCCGUCGGAUGCUGCAAAGAAGACCCGAAAACCGCGCGAGCAUCGUCGACCUCGAGAACCACGUGUGGCUCGGCGGCCAAGGUUCGACGAUACAAGCCUCACAAUCGUACGACGAGAUUACGGACGACGAAGACAUCAUCAUCGAGCCGUCCCAGUUUCGGCCGCCGGUAGACUUUGAGGACGACAGAGUGAGUGAUUCCAUGGAUGAAGGAUCCGAAAAGGAAAACGCAGACGACCCCGCACCUCGGCUGUUUGGAGAAGUCGGCGCGUCGGUCAUUGGCAGCUCCGGAGUCAUUCCGUCUGGCUACCUCAACUUACCCGUUGGAGAUGCCAGCAUGGGCGAGACGGAGAUCCUCGACUCUCACGAUGAUGAAGCCUACGACUCGGGUGACUCCGACACCGUCAGAGGAAGGAACAAGCACGCGUUCCACUAUAACGCGACGUCCAUCUACCCAAAUCAGUCCGCAGACCAGCUCCAGAGUCUGGUAGAAAAUGUCGCCUCGCAGAGCCUCGGAGGCAAGGAUUCUAUCGUCGUCACCUCAUCAGCCUCAUUGCACCACUUCUCCCAUUCAAUGGAUCCGAAUUCCAGCAAGCGCAAGCCGCCGUCGCAGGAGACUGGGGACGAGCUCGACGAAAACACGCCUCCAGGCAAGCCGACUAUCAAGCGGCUAAAGUCGGACGGCAGAGUAGACGACAUCUCCGAGGAGGUUCUCUCGGAGUUCAAGCUGCUUGCGUGCCUGCCUCAAGUUAAGAGAUUGGACUCUGGACGACAAGUUGACAAGCCGUUUGACAAAGUGAGUUACUGGGAACAGGAUCGCAAAACGUGGCACCUCAACUAUCCUGAGAUGACCCAGCUGCAAUACGACGCGUUUGUCCAGGCCGCGCUCGCGAGGCAUGAAGAAUUCGGCCCCGGAAAGACUCCGUUGUGGGAUCUUGCCAUGAAGCACUUCCCGCCGGGGCCUCAUCCUGGGGCCCCGGAUGGCAGCACGCCCCCAGCCUUUGGCCCCGGGGCAAGGCGUGUCGACCGGAGGAUGGUGGACGACACCAUGGACAUACCGUCGACGGCUGCUCCGGUCGAUGUAGAGACCGAAAAGCAGUCGCAGCUGCCCGAAACGCAGAUCGUGGUGCCAGUGCAGUCGGACUUUGCCACGAAUCGCGCCAUCGCCGUCAUGGAAUCGCACCCAGAAUCCUGCGUGCACGGCAUCUCCUUUCCCAUCACGGACUCCCUGGUUUCGUUUGGACGGGCAAAGGAGAACAUAGAGGUGUUCCAGGACACGCAAGAACAGAGAGUGCCCAAGCACGCGUUUAAGAUGAUGCUGUGGAAGGAUGGUUACGACCCGUCCAAGGAUCCGACAAAGGCCAAGCAGCCCUGGCAGCGGGACGCGUCGGCCGACGAUGACUCGUACGAGUUCUGGAUAUCGACAAAGGCCACGCUCGGGAUUCGCGUCAACGGGUACAACUUGGCGUCGGCAGACUCCAAGAACCCGGGUGGACCGUCCCUGUUCUGGGCCAAGCUCUACGAUGGCGAUGUCGUCAUGAUUUGGGGCGGCCAGGACCCACGGAGCCAGACGAAGCUCGUCUUCCGCUGCUUCUGGGGCGGCUCGGCGAAGCAACGCCCGGAUGAUAAGCCGGGCCUGGAGCUGGCCGGCCAGCAGCUCGCGCAACGACUCGACGCAGCGUGUGCCAGGACGGAGAAGCGCGUACGGGACGCCGCCGAGAAGAGACGCAAGAUCGGGGAGGCCAAGGCCGAGCAGGAGGAGCGCGCCAGGAACGUGGGCCUGGAACGCGAGCGCAGUGCCAUGUUCGAGAGGAGGAGGCAGGAGGCUACUGACUACCUCGCCGCCGCCGCUGCCGCCGCGGCGCAGCAGCAGCAGCCCCAGCAAGCCGGCUCGCGGCGCGGGUCGCCGGCCAACUUGACGCCGACGGCAUCGCGCGGGAGUAGGGUGCAGGCGACCUCGCACUUGAUGAGGUGAAGGGCAAGCCGGAGGG